AUGCUGGCUCAACGGAUGUUCAGGCCGGUACCAGGGGCGAACAGAUCCACUGUAUCGAAAACCUACCAGCUAUGCCUACGAUAUGCCUCGAACACCUCCUUCAAGGCAGAAAAGCCUGAAUCGAUCAAGACGUUGGCUAUACCUCUCGGUGUCGAAAAGAAACCGGCUAUCACCGAUAAUGACGGUGUUGAUCAUCGUACUAAAGAAGAAAAGAAGCGUGACUUUACAGAUAUGGAUAAAAACCGUGCCCGACGCGAGGAAUUGAAGAGAGAGUUUGCCAGAUCUACUUUUGCCCCUAUCUAUCAGUUCAGGGACACUGGAGGUAAAAUUUUUAGAGGCCCUGCGAUCCCAUUCAAUGCCAAAGAGGCGCUAUACAUGCCCAAUCUCCGAGGACACACCCUAGACAAACUGGAGACUGGCACAUGGCAGUUCAUUGGCGAAAAACCCACGGUCGUUCGGCUUUUCGGUUCAACGUUGGCAGAAAAACAAUUGGAGUCGUAUACAGACGGAAUUGACUUUGAGAAUUUGGGUGCUAUGUUGCUGGAUGUGAAUGUGCCCACGAAUUUUGUGAACGAGUGCCUUGUGAAGCUCUCAUCAAACAAGCUCAAGCAGACUUUAAAGGGCAACUAUCACAAGUAUAUGAUUUGCCGCAAAGGUAUCACACCUGAAGUCAGAGACUCAAUUGCUGCAGGCAACCCACUUGCUGGUUAUCUUUAUGUAUUGGAUAGCCAAGGUAAGAUCCGAUGGGCCACCGCAGGACCUGCCGAGGCAGGCGAAGCCGAGACCGUCCAGUCUCUUUUAGUUUCGAAAUAA